UCAAGACACAACCUCUUAAUUAACCAUCGAUCUUCGUUGAAAACAAUACCACUUGAAUCCAAAAAAUGGUGGUUGCAGCGCCAGGUUACGGUGGUGCCACCAUGCCAAGCUCAAAGAGCUUUGCUCUUCAGAUCCUAACAGGGCCAUGGCUCAUGGUUUUCGGCUCACUGUUAAUCAUGUCAGCUGCUGGAGCAACCUACAUGUUCAGCCUAUACUCCGGCGACAUUAAAGAGUCACUAGGCUACGAUCAAACCACUCUCAAUUUGCUCAGUUUCUUCAAGGACUUAGGCACGAACGUCGGGGUCUUAUCGGGGCUCAUAGCCGAGGUCACGCCGCCUUGGUUCGUGCUAUCCGUCGGUGCAGUCCUGAACUUCUUUGGGUACUUCAUGAUUUGGUUGGCCGUGACCAAAAAGAUCGCCACGCCACAAGUGUGGCACAUGUGUUUGUACAUAUGUAUCGGCGCCAACUCGCAGUCUUUCGCCAACACCGGUUCUCUGGUCGUCUGCGUUAAGAAUUUCCCGGAGAGCCGAGGCGUCGUGCUUGGGAUUCUCAAGGGUUAUGUUGGCCUGAGUGGUGCGAUCAUAACUCAGUUGUACCAUGCUUUUUACGGUGACGAUACGAAGGCGUUGAUCUUGUUCAUCGGUUGGCUUCCGGCGGCUAUAUCGCUUUGUUUCGUGCGAACGAUUCGGAUCAUGAAGGUGGCGCACCAGGCAAAUGAGCUGAAAGUUUUCUAUAAGUUUCUUUAUAUCUCACUUGGCCUUGCUUCUUUCUUGAUGGUCAUCAUCAUCGUGGAGAAGAAAUUUGUUUUCACUCAACCUGAAUAUGGUGGCAGUGCUGCCAUGGUUCUUUUCUUGCUGUUUUUACCUCUUGGUGUUGUGAUUAUCGAAGAAUACAAGCUUUGGGAGGCUAGAAUUAAGGCCUUGAACGACCCCAAUUCUCCAUUGAAAAUCAUCACCGAGAAGCCGAUUCCGGAGGUGUCCAGGGACAACACUACCGAGACGAUGUUGGCCGCGAACGAUUCGAGCAGCAGCACUCGAACCGAUGAUGUCUCAUGCUGGAAAACGGCGUUCCAGACACCAAACAGAGGAGAAGACUACACAAUCCUGCAGGCACUUUUCAGCCUUGACAUGUUAAUCCUUUUCUUAGCCACGACUUGCGGUGUUGGUGGCACUUUAACGGCGAUCGACAACCUCGGACAAAUCGGAGGCUCCUUGGGGUACCCUAAAAGAAGCAUAAGCACAUUCGUUUCACUAGUGAGCAUAUGGAAUUACCUAGGCAGAGUUACAUCAGGUUUUGUCUCGGAAAUCUUUCUGACCAAAUACAAGUUCCCCAGGCCUCUAAUGCUCACCUUGAUCAUGCUCUUCUCAUGCGUCGGACACCUUCUGAUAGCGUUCGACGUCCCCGGUGGCCUCUAUAUUGCAUCUGUCAUCAUCGGUUUUUGCUUCGGCGCUCAAUGGCCUUUACUUUUCGCCAUCAUCUCCGAAAUCUUCGGACUCAAAUACUAUUCGACUUUGUACAAUUUCGGGUCCGUUGCGAGUCCCAUUGGCUCCUACAUGCUCAACGUGAAAGUGGCUGGAAAUUUGUACGACCGAGAGGCGAAGAAGCAAAUGUCAGCUUUAGGUCUUGUGAGGAGAGCCGGUCAGGAUCUGGAUUGCAAAGGGGUUGAUUGUUUUAAACUGUCUUUCAUUAUAAUCACAGCUGCUACCUUGUUCGGCACGGUUGUGUCACUUAUUUUAGCACUUAGGACUAGGAAAUUUUAUAAGAGUGACAUAUACAAGAAGUUCCGGGAGGACGUGAAAGCGGCGGAGAAGGAGAUGGCAGCAGCCGGAGACAGUAUUUUAUUGCCGGAGAUGAAAUCUUCUGGUAACGACGUCAACCGACUGGAGACCAAGACAGGGUAGGUUUUGUUUCACUGUUGUAAAAUUCCUAACAAGUGGGAUAUAAGAUAUAAGUAAAUG